GCAGGAGGAGGAGGAGGAGGAAUAGGAAGCUCCUCUGCCGCCGCUGCUGUUGGUUUGCCGGCUUCGUCUGGAGAGUCUUUUCUUUGGUUCCUGAGCCUGUGCGCCCUCCCGCUUCUCUUUUCGCUCCCCUCACGCUCUCCUCGGCCUCCGCCUCCUCUUCCCCCUUCCUUCCUUCCUCCCUCUUCCUCCCCCUUUGCCCUCCUUGCCUUCGCCAUGGCCACCCGCUCGUGCCGGGAGAAGGCGCAGAAGCUGAACGAGCAGCACCAGGCCAUCCUGGCCAAGCUCCUGAGGGAGGAGGACAACAAGUACUGCGCCGACUGCGAGGCCAAGGGUCCACGAUGGGCUUCCUGGAACACGGGUGUCUUUAUUUGUAUCAGAUGCGCUGGAAUUCAUCGAAAUCUGGGGGUUCAUAUAUCAAGGGUCAAGUCUGUCAACUUGGACCAAUGGACACCAGAACAAAUACAGUGCAUGCAGGAGAUGGGAAAUACCAAGGCAAGGCUACUCUAUGAAGCUAAUCUACCAGAGAACUUUCGAAGACCACAAACAGAUCAAGCUGUGGAAUUUUUCAUCAGGGAUAAAUACGAGAAGAAAAAAUACUAUGACAAAAAUGCUGUUAAUGUCAGCAGUAUGUCUUCCUCUGAUGCUUCUCAACCUCUGGCAUCUUCUCCUUCUCUGCAAGCUGCUUCUGAGAAAAACAAAAUAGAGAAGGAAAAGGAAAAAAGGAAGGAAGAGAAAAAGAAAGAUAGAGAGCCAGAAAAACCUUUGAAAUGCUUAGGAGUUGAAAAACUUCCAAAGAAAGAGGAUCAACAACUGGAACUUAAAGCAAGUCCUAAGAAAGUUCCAGAAUCCACUGUCGAUCUCUUGGGACUUGAUGGCCCUGCCGAUUCCUCCGUUACAAAUGGAAGCAUCACAACUCCUGCUGCGGUAUUGAAUGAUGACCUGGAUAUAUUUGGCCCAAUGAUCUCUAACCCAUUGCCAGCCACUUCUAUACCUCCUUCUCAGACUGCUUCCACUAACACUGCAGCUGCCACCUUAUCUGCUGCAUCUGGAGAUCUAGAUCUGUUCACUGAACAAACAAAAUCAGAAGAGUCCGCAAAGAAACUGCUCUCCAAAGACUCCAUCCUGUCAUUAUAUGGCACAGGUACUAUUCCGCAGCAAAAUGCUCCAGGUGUAUUCAUGGGACCACAACCUAUUCCCUUUACUGCACAACCACCAGCUCAUUUUCAAGGUUUUCCAGCCAUGGGAGUGCCUGUACCUGUACCUGUACCUGUACCCGCAGCCCCUGCAAUGAUGGGAACCAUGAUGGGGCAACCAGUGCCUGUCAUAGGACAGAACACAGGCAUGAUGGUGGGCAUGGGAAUACCUAAUGGUUUUUCUGUCACUACACAAACUGCUGGUUUGGGACUUCCUCAAAAUGUUGGACCCCAAGGACCAAUGGUGGGGCAUGUAGCCCCACCACAGAAAUUUGGUAUACAGCAAAAUCAACAAGCCCAGUGGAACCUUUCUCAGAUGAAUCAGCAAAUGGCUGGAAUGAAUCUGUCUAGUUCCAGCAAUGUGAUGGGCUUUGCUGGCCAGCCCCCAAAUACAGUGGCAGGGUGGACUGGAACUUCCUCAGGCCAGACUCUCAGCACACAACUCUGGAAAUGAACACUGCAAUAGAAGUUUCAUCUAGAUCAGAGACUUGACAUUCCAUGCUCAAAUACAUCUAGUUUCCACGGUCUGCCCACAUACAUUGCCCACCCUCACCCCCUUCAAUCUCACAGUUCUUCAUAUUAAGACAUAAUCUUAACCAACCGUGUUGUGGUCUGUAUUGACUUAAAUUUUGAUGUAGUGAAAAGCAGGUUGGGAACACCUCUCAUCAGCAGCUUUUUCAUUCCACAGUACAUUUGAUUUCAUGAAUGAUACCUUUUCAAAAGACCUUGGUGACCAACUACAUACUCAAAUUAUUUUAUCAGUUAUAGAACCAACAUUUGCAUAUAAGGGAAAUAGAUAUCAUGUAAGUACUAUCUCUAAUAUGUAAACCCCACCCCACAAAUUUCCCAGUAAUCCUGUAGAAGGUACUGUAUGAACAAAUGUUAAAUCAUAUAAAUAAGUGUACAUGUAUCACUGAAACCUUUUUCCUUGUGUAAAAUUGAUUUUGUCCCAUUAUUCAUGCCACUGUGAUAUUUUACUAUGACGUGCUGAACAGAUAAGAUGGUUAGUGAAAGAGAUAAACCUGGAUGUCACUGUCACCUCAUCAGUUUUCUUAAGAGUUGCCUGUGACAAAAUGAGUAAAUUUGGCUUAAAAGGUAUGUACAGAGGGCUAAUCUAAAGUAUAUUGCACAGCAUUUAUACAGGGUAACUCACUCCUCAAUUGCACAUUUACUUUUAUUUUCUACAGCUGUAUCCAGGUUUAUGCCAGUAACUGUGUUUACAUUUUAUGGUGCCUCGUAUCAAUAAGCUGUUGCUUCCCUCUAUUAAAGAAAUCCAUAAACAUCA